AUACGAUGCCCUUCCAAUUCCCAGGACGAACACAGAAAUGGGCUCCUCCCUGGCUAUGAAUGACAAGGUGAGGGAAGGUGCUGAGAUCGUCUAUGGACCAGAGGAGUGCCAUCGCCACUCCAUGGAGCUUCUCGAAGAGCUCGGUUUCCCGCCGGGUGUCCUUCCUCUCAAGGACCUCGAAGAAUGCGGUAGAGCGAGGGAGACCGGCUUCGUGUGGAUGAAGCAGAAGGGCCCCUAUGAACACUUCUUCACAGGGACUAAUACCCGGGUGAGGUAUGAGACGGUGGUGACGGCGUAUGUGGAAAAGAAUAGGAUGAAGAAGAUGACAGGGGUGAGGAGCAAGCAGAUGCUGCUGUGGGUGCCAAUCACUGAGAUGAGCAUCGACGACCAAGCCGGGAAGAAGAUAUACUUCAAGUCAGCGGUCGGGAUCGGGAGGUCAUUUCCGGUCUCAGCUUUUAUGGAUGAGGAGGAGAAGAAGACUGAAGGAGAGAUUGGUGCUUGAGAUUGGCACCUUUAUGCUUGUAGUAGCAAGUUAUCCUGUGUGAGCAAAUAAUUCUAUGGAAUCAUGAAAAGGUGGUUUCUCAUUGGAGAUUGUGUUAAGAAGACAGAUAUUAUUCAUGUAUGAUUUACUUCGAUCAAAAUAUCAGCUUCCCAAGUUCAAGAUUUCCUAUUCUUCAAUAGCUUUUUCGUCUUCAGUAGCCAAUAGCAUACAAUGUAAGUUCUUCUUUUCUUUUCAAAGAGAGAAUAAUAAUGUGUGUUGUGCAA